AUGGUCAAAGCUCUAUUUGCUGGCAUCGUAAAAGCUCUGCAUUGGACUGCCGUAUUCUGGCUUACACAAGAAGUACAGUGGGAAGUUGUGCCUGUAAUCUGGGGCUAUGUCACAGCGUCAGCCGAUGCCUUUACUCCGGAUGCGACUACACCACUAGGGGGGUUUCAAACACUUGCCCGUACAACAAUCGCCAUUCUUAGUCUGUACCAAAUUGUUUGUUUCUUACCGAAGAGUUCCAAAGGGCGUCUCAUACUAUAUCUGUUCGCCAUCUGGCCGGCGCUGUCGCUUGUACGGCUGACUUCGACGGGGAGGCAAGUUCCUUCGCUGCCUGAAGCAGUAUGGCCGUAUGUGUCAACUGGCACUGUAACACCGAGCUCACUUCACCCUGUCGAAGAGCUUGCUCUGAAGGGUCGGAAGGAUUUCGCGCAUCUUCAGAAACGACAAUCUAAAACACUUCGUUCAGCCGAAAAGGAGUAUCGAAGAAGAAACUCACGCGAACCACCGCCGGGAUUUAAUAAGUGGUUUUUCUACGCCAAAGCCAACCAAUCUCCUCUGAUCGAUGACUUUGACAUGAUCAAUGAGGAUCUCAUGCCAUUCUGGAAGAUCGAACCUCGCCGUCUACGCGAAAAUAUCAAUAACGUCACUGAGCUCGACCAUCUUGCACUCCGUAAGUGCGCCUUUGCGGAUGGAGAAUAUAAUUCGGCAAGUGACCACUGGCUUGGGAAGGACCUCGGAGGGCUCUUUGAUGAAGUAUCGCGCAACAUUCCUGACGUUGUAUUUGCUCUCAAUUUAUUGGAUGAACCUAGGUUCAUCAUCACGCGACAAACGCUCGAUAAUGGCGGUACAUUACGUCCUUCAUUCGAAGAUGCAAAUCACAACUCCAUAUGGGAUAAAACCAAUGAUCUAUGUUGGGGUAAUCCUAGUGUUGAGGCGAAUCCCUUCAUCUCCAGUUAUGGCCUUCCUUUCGUCCAAGACAAAUCGCACGCUCGGGAAGUCUGCUCACAUCCCGAGUUCGAGAGUAUGCAUGGCUUCUUUUCCUCUCCCAUGACUGGUCUGACGACAGAAGCUCCAAUCCCCAUCCUUUCGCAAGCUGCGCCUUCUUCGUUUGGCGACAUUAUAUAUCCUAGUCCUUGGUAUACAGAUAAGGUAUAUCAAGGAGACUAUAAGGAGGUAGACGAUCCUGCUUGGGAAGCAAAGAAUGACAACCUAUACUGGGCUGGUAGCACAACUGGAAGCUAUAGCUGGAACAGCAGCUGGCAACAUUCCCACCGACAACGUUUCGUGAAGCUGGUUCAGGCCAUCGAUCACACCAGUCAUACGUUUCUCAAGCAAUCCAAACUAGGGCAAUGGAUACCAUACAGCGCGGUCAAGAAUCAAAGCAGUCUUUAUGACGUGAAAUUCACUGCUGUGCUCCAAUGCAAUGAGCAGGAUUGCAAAGACCAAAAAGAGUUCUUCAACCCUGGAGAUAUAGAGGAACAAAGUCAACAGCUACGAUCCCGCUUCGUGUUUGACAUCGACGGGAAUUCAUUUAGUGGGCGAUACUACACGCUGUUACAAUCGCGGAGCGUUGUGCUUAAGCAGACGAUCCUGCGAGAAUGGCAUGAUGAGCGCUUGAUACCAUGGGUGCAUUACAUCCCUGUCAGCCUCUCCAUGGACGAGCUGCCAGAAACUAUGCGAUAUCUAACGAGCCAUGAAGAUGGUAAAAGGAGAGCGAAGGAGAUAGCCGAUGCGGGUCGCGAGUGGCAUGGGAAGGCGCUUCGAAGAGAGGACUUUACCAUCUAUCUAUACCGCCUCAUGCUGGAACUGGCCCGAAUUAUGGACCCGAAUCGUGAAGUAGAAUAA